GGUUAGAUUAUGCAUAUCUCAUGCAAAGGUCGCCAUUGAUUCCCUUCUCCAAUAUUAACGGUGUUUUCCCUUCAUUUGACUUCUGGCCCCAUAAGAGCGGCACUCGGACCCAAAGGGCCGCCCUUUUCGGACACUACACUCUCGAGUUUCAUCAUAUGUUGCGAAAGGAACAAUUAAGAGUGACUAAAAUCAAAGGCAACAUCUGGUCGAUGGAUCAGUUCCGGUAUUUGUUCAAUACGUGUCGAAUACCCGGCGAAGAAAAGGAUACACUUAUUAAUACGUUUAAAACUGAAAAUGAGGGACCGAUGCCUUCGACCAUAUCUAUAGUGCUGUGCAGAGGAUAUAUCUUUGCCUUUGAUUACAUAGUCGACGGCCAAUAUCUGACGGCACCUGAAAUCGAGACUCAACUCAAUUAUGUGGAGAACUGGUGCCAAAAGCAGAGCCAUUUGGGUGCGGGUGUCGGCGCCCUCACGACUACCGACAGAACCAAAUGGGCGUUAAAUCGCAAAUAUUUACAACAAUUGAGUCCUGAAAAUGAACAAUAUUUACAAAUCAUUGAAAACGCAAUGACUGUCUGCGCGCUCGACGACGCGGAACCGCCUUCUCUUCAAGAGGCCUGUUACCUAACGAUGUGCGGUAAUUGUGCGGACCGUUGGGCCGAUAAAUCCAUUACACAAAUCACAUUUAAUAACGGCAUUCUUUCGGCCACUUCUGACCACUCGGCGUUUGACGCCCUGGCACUCGCCAUACUCUCCCAAUACAUCAAUUUAUCCGUUUUUGAGAGUAAAGGCGAAUAUUACGGCCCAAAAGUGGUGCGAACUCUUCCGACGCCAACACUACUCGACUUCAGAGUCGACGACAAACUGCACGAAGAGAUCGAAAGCGCUAAACAAUCGUUUCGUCAAACUUGUGAUGGCAUUGAAUUUGUUCACCAAAUAUUCAAAGACUACGGCAGAAGUCUAUCGGCUAAGCAUCGGAUCCAUCCCGAGGCGUACCUCCAGAUCGCGUUGCAGUUGACAUAUAUGCGAAUGCAUGGGAAGCCGGCGCCCACUUAUUGUACGGCAACCACACGGCGUUACUAUAAGGGAAGGACCGAAACGUGUCGCACAUGUACUCCAGAGACCGUGGAGUUCGCCAAAGCCGUGAUCGACGCAAACCGAAAUAAUAAUGAUUUAUUCAAUUUAUUGCUCAAAGCAUCGCAAAAAUUUCAACAAAUCAUGACAAACGCGUGCAAAGGACAGGGCUGUGAUCGACAUUUCCUCGGGUUAUACAUUACAUCGUUAGACAACGGCAUAGAAUUGCCCGAAAUAUUUACGGACCCGUCGUUUAUGGAAACGGGUGGUAACGGGACGUACGUCCUGUCGACCAGUUGUGGCGGUUAUUGGAAGUCAUACGGAGGUCUGCCUCCUAUGCGAGAGGACGGUUACGCCAUAUUCUACGGCAUUGAGAACCAUCAGUACUCCUUCAGUCUCUUCGCCUACAAGGCCUGUCCCGACACAAGCGCUCAACUCUUUUACCAGAAUCUGAGACAAUCAUUGCUCGAAAUGCGAGAUAUACUGGAUUCGCAAAAGUCAGACACAACAACACUUCAGCACAAUCUUUGAUAAGUUUUUUCCCACCUUUUAUUUUACUCGCAAAUUAUCUGUU